AUGGACGAAGGGGCGCUUCAUGUCUGCCAUGUGAAAAAUUUUAUGGAAACGACGCGAGGAAUUGGCGAAGCCCUAUCUGAGAAGAAAUAUCGCUAUAUUUUAGAAACGGAAUAUGAGAAUGCAAAUGUCCAUUCUUCGAGCCUUAAUUCUUUCGCAAUCUAUUUCAACUACGGAGGGUAUAUAGUUAAUAUUGAUGGUUUCUUGGAUUUCUUUGGUGAUAAUAUUCACUUGGUUACUGGACUAGACUUGGAUAGAUUUGGUUUCUUUGAUCUGGUAGAAGAAAUUGAUAAGUUGGGUUGUAAAGAGUGGAAAAAGAUAUUGUACAAGGUUCCAAAUUCAGAGGAAUACAAAGAAAUACAUGAUGACACUGGGGUCAUGGAGAUAUUGAAGCUGUUACCUUCUUCUAAAAAGCUUAUUUAUAUGUAUAUAGUGAAAAGACAAUUGGAUGUGCACAGAAUGGACAAUCAUCUAAAUGUGCAACAGAAGAUGCAAUGUCAAGUGACAAAAAGAGUGCGCUUGGUGAACUCUGUUGGUGGUCCUAGUACCAGGAGCCGAUCCAAGAACUCUGUUGGUGGUCCUAGUACCAGGAGUCGAUCCAAGAACUCUGUUAGUGGUCCUAGUACAAAGAGUCCAUCCAAGAACUCUGUUGGUGGUCCUAGUACAAAGAGUCCAUCCAAGAACUCUGUUGGUAGUCCUAGUAGCAGGAGCCGAUCAAAUAAAAUUCAAGAUUGUUCUGUUUCAGGCACUCAAGAGAGUGUGGCUAAUAAAAUAGAACUUCAAUUUGCCAUUUCCAUUACAUAA